UCCCACCUUCCCACCUACCACUUUCUCCUACCUGCCCACUACCCACCUUCCCACCUCCCACCUUCCCCACCUACCCACCUUCCCACCUACCCACCUCCCACCUACCGCCACUACCCACCUACGCCACCUUCCCACGCUCCCCCUACCCACCUACCCACAUACCCACCUUCCCACCUACCACCUACCCACUCUUCCCACCUACCCUACCUACCCCACCUACCCACUCUUCCACUACCCAGCCACCUACCCACCUACACACCUUCCCACCUUCCCACCUACCCACCUUCCCCACAACCGAAACAGCCAUACCCACCACCUACUACCACCACCUAUCACCCACCCAACCAACAGUCCGCCAACGCCAUCACCCACACCCUAACUACCUACCUAGCCUCUGAGCCACGCCCGACCAGCCACCCACCGCCCAACCCACCCAGCCACACCCAACUACCCACACAGCACAACAAAUCACUCAGUCACACCCACCACUCAACCACUAACCAUCCAUCACACCCAACCAGCCACACAACCACCUAA